GGCGCGCUGGAAGUGCUGCGGGCCGCGGGGGCGCUGGGCGCCGCACCCCCGCGGGCCUACGGCGGGGCCGUCGCGGCCUGCGGGCGGGGCCUUCAGUGGGAGCGGGCGCUGUGGCUGCUGGCGGAGAUGGCGUCGCUGCGCCGCCGGCCCAACGCGGUCGCGUACAACGAGGCGAUGGGCGCCUGCGGGCGCUGCUCGCAGUGGGCGGCGGUGUCGGAGAUGUUGCGCGAGAUGCGCUCCCGUGAAGUCGCCGGCAGCGCGGUGGUGUACAGCACCGCGCUCAGCGCAUACGGUCGGAGCCGGCAGUGGGAGUUGGCGCUGCGGCUGUGGUUCGCGGCUCUCUCGAACGGCCUGCGAGCGGAUGUCGCCUUCUGCAACGCCGCGCUGGCCGCGUGCGAUCGGGGGCGGCAAUGGCAGGCAUCGCUGUGCCUGCUAGCCCAGGCAAUGUCGUCGGGUAUUCCUACCAACGCCCGCACGUUCACGUCGGCCAUCAGCGCGGCCGGGAAGGGCGAGCAGUGGAGUCUCGCAGCACGACUGCUGAAUCUCUCCGCCACGAAGCGCGUCGUGGCGGACGUCGCCCUGUGCAACGCAGCGAUCAGCGCGUGCGAGACGGGGCACCGCUGGGACAGCGCCAUCGCUCUGCUGGCAGGCAUGCCAGCGAGGCGCCCUGAGGCGGACGUGAUCACCUUCAACGCGACGAUCAGCGCGUGCGAGAAGGCGCACAGGUGGCAGGCGGCGGUUUGCCUGGUCGAGGAGAUGCCGGCCCGGCAGCUGCGGCGAGACACCAUCACGCUCAACGCGGUGAUGCUGGCGGCGGACAAAGGGCGGCAGUGGCAGCUUGCCCUGGCGCUGGCCCGAGAGGCGCGGGGCUCGGCGCUGCGCCCAGACCAGCGCACGUUCGCUACGGUGGCGAGCGCGUUCGAGCGGGCGCACAGGUGGAGGGACGCCCUGCUCGCCCUGGCGGACAUGCGGGCGAGCGGGCUGCGCCCCGACGGGGGGCUGGCCAUCGGCGCCCACGACGUGGCCGUCAGCGCCUGCCGCAAGGCGCAGCGGUGGGAGGCCGUGCUCUGCCUGCUGCGCGAGAUGAGGGGCUCGGCCCUGGAGGUCGACGCCACGUCCCGGGGGGCGGAGCUGGCGGCGCUGCUGGACCGCGGGCACGUGGCGGAGGCGCUGGCGCUCUACCGGGAGGCCCCCCUGCCGCCCUGGGCGGACGUCGAGCUGUGGCCAGACGGGCGGCCCGCGCCCGAGCUGGCGCCCGCCGCGCACCACGGACGCUCCGCGGCGGAA